AUGGAGUUUGCGGAGCUGAUCAAGACACCCCGAGCAGACAACGUAGUCUUGCACCGCCCCUUCUACCUGGCUGUGGAGGGGACUCUCUGUUUGACUGGCCAUCAUCUAAUUUUUUCUUCACGGCGCCAAGAUAAUGCUGAGGAGCUGUGGCUGCUGCACUCCAACAUUGACUCUAUUGAGAAAAGGUUUGUGGGCUCCUUGGGCACUGUUGUUAUAAAAUGCAAGGAUCUGAGGAUUAUUCAGCUGGAUAUACCUGGAAUGGAGGAGUGCUUGAACAUUGCUAGUUCCAUUGAGGCCCUUUCCACCCUGGAUUCUGUCACUCUCAUGUAUCCCUUCUUCUACCGGCCCAUGUUUGAAAUCGUGGAGGAUGGCUGGCGCUCCUUCCUGCCUGACCAAGAGUUUGAGCUCCUCAGUUCAGUGACAGAUGACUGGCGUCUGAGCUGCAUCAACAAGGAGUUCUCCGUCUGCCCUUCCUACCCUCCGCUGGUCGUCGUCCCCAAGUCGGUCGACGACGAAGCGCUUCGCAAGGUCGCUCUGUUCCGCCACGGCAGUCGCUUCCCGGUCCUCAGCUAUUACCACAAGAAGAACGGGAUGGUCAUGAUGAGAAGCAGCCAGCCCCUCACAGGCACCAAUGGGAGACGGUGUAAAGAAGAUGAGAAGCUGAUCAAUGCCACGCUGCGGCCUGGCAAGCGUGGCUACAUCAUUGACACCAGGUCCUUGAAUGUUGCCCAGCAGGCCAGGGCCAAAGGAGGGGGCUUUGAACAAGAAGCACACUAUCCCCAGUGGAGGAGGAUUCACAAAUGUAUUGAGAGGUUUAACAUCCUGCAGGAAAGCCUCAUCAAGCUUGUGGAAGCUUGUAAUGACCAGUCACACAACAUGGACCGCUGGCUCAGUAAACUGGAAGCUUCCAACUGGCUGACUCACAUCAAGGAGAUACUAACUGCAGCUUGUCUAGCAGCUCAGUGUAUUGAUAGGGAAGGUGCAUCAGUGUUGGUCCAUGGGACUGAAGGAACAGAUUCAACACUCCAGGUAACUUCUCUGGCACAGAUCAUCUUGGAUCCGAGGUGCAGGACCAUACGUGGCUUCGAAUCCCUUGUUGUGAGGGAGUGGUUGCAGGCUGGUCACCCUUUUCAGCAGCGCUGUGCCCAGUCAGCCUACUCCAACAGCAAGCAGAAAUGGGAGGCCCCAGUGUUCCUCCUCUUUCUGGACUGUGUGUGGCAAAUCCUUCGGCAGUUCCCCUGCUCCUUUGAAUUCAACGAGCAGUUCCUCAUUAUGCUCUUUGAACAUGCUUAUGCCUCACAGUUUGGGACUUUUCUGGGCAACAAUGAAAAUGAAAGGUCUAAACUGAAGCUGCCACAAAAGACUAUGUCCCUGUGGUCCUGGGUGAACAGGUCUGAGGAGCUGAGCAAGUUCCAGAACCCUCUUUUUGAGGCCAACAGCCUGGUGAUCUGGCCCUCGGUCGCCCCGCAGAGCCUGCAGCUCUGGGAAGGUGUCUUUCUGCGGUGGAACAGGCCUUCCAGGUUCUUAGAUGAAGCCCAGGAAGAAAUGAUCAACAUUAUAAAAUACAACAAGGAACUUCAGGCAAAGGUUAAUGCCUUGAGGAGGCAGCUAGCAGAGAUGGAAACAGAUGAUAGGAUGCAGGAGAAUCUGUGA